AUAUCAUCACUUUCAGAACGCGAACCUCUUCCGUGGCGGACGGAAGCGGACCUAAGACCUCCUCAAAGUCAAAUCGGCCGUGAUAAGGCUGUAGCUGGGUCCAUGGAGCCACUCGCCAGUGGUAUUAUUCCGGAACUCCGAGGUACCCGGAAUGACCGGCCGGAGCGAGACGGGGAGCACGAUGGCCUGGCGGCGCGAGGAAAUUCGAACCGUCGAGAUCAUGACCAUAUUCCGAUGGCACCGAGAGAGCAUAUGCAGCCGGAGAGGAUGAGCACCCCUGUAUACUUGGUGCUUUUCUCACUAACAGUAAUAUGCCUCGCCAUGGCAAAAGUCGCCUUGGAUGCUUUUCUUCCCCCAAUCAACUGGUGGAUCCCAUUCCCAUCUCUAGGGUCUGCCUUGGGCGGUAGGGGAUCCAAGUCGUCUGUAGCCCAGUCGUCGUCAUCUUCAGAGUCCUGGUUCAGAGGAGCCACCGAGACCGCUGCCAUUAUCUUCAAAACCAUCAUAGUGAUCCUUGGUGGCAAGUACAUAAUCACCAACGGAUCUCAAUGUCUCGUCGACUUUUUCCCGGCAGAAUCUGGUCCGCGAUCUCUCUUGGAAAACGGCACUCUCCGACAAACCCUUACGCUUAUGAGCUAUUUCAUCCUCCCCACCGCAACGUCGGCUACGGUCUCCUCAGUUGUCCCAAACGGCUUCUGCAAUCCAAAGGCCAACAUUCUACGCUGGUGGCCGCCUCGAACACGAGGUGACAUCAGAGCAAUAUUGGAGGGAUGGAGCGGCCUCGCAGGUCUUCACUUGAAAACGGGCGGCAGCAUGACGCAGAUGUCCAAGUGGAGAUGGAGUUUUGGGAGAGCUUUCAUGUGGUUGUUAGGGGUUGGCACAUGGACGACGGUUGAGAUUUACUUCGGUCCAUGCCAAUAUUAUCUUCUGGCUUGGCGAUUCUGGUUUUCGAUAGUGUCGGUUUCUUUAGUUUCGUGGUUUCUUGGCAACGCUGAGAAGUUGAUUGUGACGAAAUGGUCUUCCGUGGGACUACUGCAUGUGGAGUUAGCAGUGUAUCUGGCAGUCUUCCACUUGAUCAGGCACGCAGACUUGGAUGGUUUCUGCUCAAAAGCGGAUUGUUGGUAG